AUGAAGAGCGGCAUGUUCGCGCUCAACAAACUGCUGUUUUCCUGCGGUGUUACCGGAAUGUGCAGCGCCCUUUUACCAACACGUCUCCAAGCUGACGCGCAAGAGAACAACAGACCAGCAGAUUUUAGUGGCUACUGCGCAGCCAGUAAUGCAGCAACCGCGCAUCAGUUGAUUGAAACUAAACCUUUCUGCAACAUACAUUUCCUCAUUUCUCAUGUACACAAAUGGCAUGUAGAAUUCACCAUGGCAUUAAACAUGCAGCAGUACAACUCCUCUGCCCUGGCUAACGGCACUUACGGCCCUGACUGGAGCACUGAUGUCUUGGUCCCGAGCGUGAUCCUGGGGUUGUGCUUCGCCCUGGGCGUACCGGGCAACGUCACGGUUCUAGCCGUGCUGAUCCAGAGGCUCAAGGGAGACAACUUCACCUUUCGGCUGAUGCUGAGCUUGGCCGUGUCGGACCUGCUGACCCUGCCCGUUUGGAUCUGCGCUCUGCUCUGGGGCUGGAUCCUCGGCCCGGGUCUGUGUAAGUUCCUGUCCUACCUGAUCUACUGGAGUUUGUACAGCAGCGUGAUGAACGUGACCCUCCUCAGUGCGCAGCGGUACGUUCAGGUUCUCUACCCGAACCGCUGGUCCAAGCUGGGGAAUCCGGUACGCCUCGCCCUGCUGUUAAGCACGUGGGUCGUCGGCGGGGUUUCGGCUGCCCCGGCCCUCGUGCAUCGGCAGAAUGCGUGGUGCCCGCGCUGGUCAUGGGUUUCUGCGCCCUGGUGGGUAUCCACCGCGGUGGUGGCGGCCAUCGGACGAGGGUUUAAGCGAGAGAGUUUCACGCUGACGCUAAUGCUCAGUCUGGCCGUGUGCGACCUUCUGUCUCUGCUCCUGGUGCCUCUGAGAACCGGCAUCGGCACCGGCACAGACACCGCGGCAGUGGAAAAGGGUAUCAGACUAUCAGGACGAUGGGCCAUGCAAGGUGGGGUUUUGGCGUUAGAGUGCUGCAUUGCUUCCCCUUCCAUUUCCGUGAGGACGGUGAAGAACGACCCAUAUCAGAGGUGUACGGUGGACUAUCGCAGUGUGUUAGUGGAAGCCUUUGUCCUGUUGGGACAAACCACAUUGGGAUUUGUAGUUCCAUUCUCCACGCUGGCCUGUUUUUACCUCUGCCUCCACAAACGGGUGAGACGGUCGCCGUUCUGGAACAGUCCCUGGAUGACCAAACUUUUGACCGGCAUCGUUACAUCUUUCUUCGUUUUCUGGGUGCCCUUACAUUUCUGUAAUCUGCUGUCACUGGUUUACAUAGCUGAAGGAUGGCAUGAUAUGAAAAAGAUCAUUUGUGACAAUAAUUGGGACUAG